GCUAAUAAUCACAGUAGUACCUACAACUGCCAGUAAGUCUAUUAGGUUUCUAGAAUCGAGUUGUAAUUAUUGGAAAAAUGCCAUCAGGCGUUGUGUUUAUUAUUUGUAUUCCCUCAAGUAAUUAUGAACAUAUUCUGAGAUUUGGAAAACCGACAAAUAUUACUCCAGUUGAAGAAUCUUCGACAUUCAAACCUUAUCGUUUGGAAGUCGAGUUACGAAAUAAGAAAGCCAAAAAUAUGCCAGUUCGUUUAACGCAAUAUUGUAAUGAAGCAUUUACUAAUACUUUGGACAAUAUCACCGAAGAAGAUGAAUUUUACACCAUGGAAUGCAUACUACAAGAGCUCUUGAAUAAAUUGCACGUGGAUCAAGUGGUAUGGAUGAGCGACAAAACUGGAAAUUAUUACGAAGUCAUCUUCCCGUUGCCAACUGGCGAUAAAUGUGAAACGAUGUUGCAUUGCCUUACGGAACUCGGAAUUGGAGUCCAUUACAAGUCUAUAGUGAGUGUUCUCCCAUGUAACGUUGUACACACAGCAAUCGAUAAUGAGGAUGCCGAAGAAACCAUAUUUGAUUAUUCUGCUUAUAAACAUAAAACAGAAGAGGCGAAGCGUUGGCGUAGCUUUGUGGAGUCUAUCAGAUCAAAGCUAACUGUGAGACAGGUGGUGGAUGGCGUCAGAGGUGGUGGAGAGUUAUCUUUCGACUAUUUAACAUUAAUUAUUACCGCUGAUUCCCUCGCUGCACUGGGUCUAGUUGAAAACAAUUCGUCAAAUAUAGUAGCAGCUAUGUUGGUAUCGCCUCUAAUGGGUCCAGUGAUGUCCAUCACAUUUGGAACUAUUAUCGCCGAUAGAACUCUUGUUAAGAGUGGAUUUGAAAGUUUAAUUUUGGGCAUGUUUGUCUCAUUGCUGUUCGGAUUCAUAUUUGGAUUGAUCUUAGGAACAACAGAGAUGCCAUGGGGGUUUGGAGAUUGGCCGACAGAGGAAAUGAAAUCACGUGGUAAUGUGCGCUCAUUGUGGAUGGGAGUACUAUGGGCUUUAACAUCAGGCACUGGAGUGGCCCUAGCUUUACUUCAAGGCAGUGCGGGACCCCUCAUCGGUAUUGCAAUUUCCGCAUCAUUAUUGCCGCCAGUUGUGAACUGUGGUCUAUUUUGGGCGUUAGCUUGUAUUUGGCUAUUAUACCCAGGAGUAAAGAUUCCUCAUAUUAAAGGAGAAGCAUAUUAUGGCAACACUACUUAUGAACCGUUGUACCACGAUUACAUACCUAUUGAAUUUGCAGUUAAUGGUAUCGUGAGUUGCUGCCUCACUAUAGUAAAUGUUAUCUGCAUAUUUAUAACUGCAAUAAUGUUCCUCAAAAUAAAAGAGGUUGCGGCGCCUUACACCUCUACUCCAGAACUGAGACGGUUCUGGGAGCAAGACAUAAAAGUCGCGCGGGAUGCCAACAGAGCAAAUAUGCAACGAGCCGAGGAAGAAGAACGUGCCGAGUUGGUAUUAGAAGAUUUUAAUCAGGCAACAGAUAGAGUUAAAGAGAAAUUAGAAGCUGCAGUUAAAGAGGCUUUGGACGAUGAAACUUAUAGGAAAGUUAAGAGAAUGAGUUAUCAAAGCCAUAAUGCCGAUGAGGUGAUACGUACUAUUGGGCUGCAAUCACAAACGCCUAUUUCAAAGCGUUCCAGCAUAAACAAUACGGGAGCUUCAUCGCCAAAUUAUGUACAGCCUCGUGUAUCAAAUGGUGAUGAUAUAGCAGCGCUGGACAAAUUACUCACUUCACUGCUGGGAAUGAAAGAAAAUAGAAAGUCCCGGGUUACUCCGGGAUCCAGUCGGCUGUCAAUGAUAACAAGCCACAACAGACGGAUAGAAUCAUGGUCAGAUAAAAUACUCGAGAACUCAAUAGUGAACAGCGUUUUGAAUAAUUUGAAAACAAAGAGAUAUUCAGCAGUGGAUGAACCUUUUUUGACGCCUAAGUAAAAUGUAGACCAAGAUUAUAUAUCCUAGUAAACAGAGGGAUUUUACGUACGAUUAAUACUCAAAUAUACCAGUUGCAAUAUGUCUGUUCACGAAACAAUGUUGCUUAUUUUAAAUGUCAAAUAUAAAUUGUAAAUAAACAAGAUUUUUAUGUACCUGCCUAUUACCUAAGUAUUAUUAAUUUAGGUAGGUACUAAAAAUAGCUAAGUGUAUUUGAUUCUUUGCUUGAUUCGCGCUAUGUACAUGGUAUAACACGUGAGUUUGUUCUCUACACGU